GCGAAAUGAAAGUAGACUUUUUUUUAUUAGAAGAUUUUUUUUUUAAGGCAAUCUUGACAGCGCCGCACAGAAAGUGAAAUGCAGAGAAUAAGCUGACGCAAUUUAUGAUUUGUUUGCUAUAAUAAUUAAAUCACUUUAAUAUAUAAUUUAUGGAAGCCACAGUUCCAAUAGCUCAUCUACUUGCAAACAAACAUGCAUUUGUGACUGAGUUGCCAGGUGACAAGAAUAUUAUCCUACAAAUAUUACAGAAUUAUUAAAUGGCUGAGUUGCAGACCGCAUUGUCACCAAGGGUCAGGAGGUUGAUCACAGAGGUUGGGGUUCAUAAUGAAUCAAGCCAUGUUAGAUUUUUGUCAUCAUCCAAGAUUAUAAGCUGGGAUAUUUUAAGACAGGUUUUACCAGAUGAAAGUUUAGAAGAUACAGACAGUGACGAUUAUUUUGAAAAGUGUAUUUUUGGACUUGGCUUUCUUUUUAAAGAAUGUGAACAAUGUGUUCAAGAAAUGACAAUAGAUGACCUUUUGCACCAGUACAGUGACCUUAUUUUCUGGACAGGUCAAGAGCAGGUCAUCAAAGAAUGUUUUAGGCUACUUAAGACAGACAAGUUAACAGACAAUCAUUUAGCUCUUCUACUGGUUACUUCUUGUCUAGAAAGAUCACUUGGAGAUGUGUAUUUGUUAGAGAAUAACGUUUGUCCUUCCAUGUUAAAAGACAUUCUGUCAUCAUCAACACUAAAGAAAAUCUUUGGGACAACUGUGGUUCAAGUUUUAAGAGCUGUUAUUGGUCCACCAGUUUCUUUGAAUAUAAGGAAUGUUAUUUGGCAUGGAUUUCCUACAGAACAGGAAAUUUCAAAAAGGUACAUUUGUUUUCUGUUACUAGUGUUACCAAGUCUAGAUCAGUAUUUACAAGGAGAUAUUCCUCAUAGAUCACCAGUCAUUUUUCUUCAAGACAGGCUGUAUACAGAUAUAUUACCAGAUAUAAAAGACAUGACUUCAGAGGAGAUAAAGAUGUUAUUACAAUCCAGUAGCUUCAUACCUAAAUACCACCUAACACUGUGGAUCUACUGUAUAGACUUGUUUAACACUAAAGAACCAGGCCUGGCUAUGGUUUUGAUGUUACCACUGUUAGAACAUGCCCUCAGAUGUCAGUUUUCUAUCGUAAACAACUGUCCAGGGAGGACCAUUACAGCAGAGGCAACAACAUUAUUUACUACUUUUGAUGAGAUUUUAGAUCAAUAUGUCACAGAAAAAUUAGAAAAUAAGCUUCCAUCUGAGAUUGGUGAGUCUGUUAUGGAAAUAUUAAUGGAUUUGCUAACCUAUCCAAGUGGACCAUGUGUACGAGACAAACUCAGUCAUGGGGAAGCAGAUGUCUUUACUUUCCCCAAGUCACUGUGUACUGCUGUUGUCAUAGUAACAGUUCACAUUACAUCCAGGUAUCAAUCUGCAGAUGACUGUAGUGAAAAGCCCUGGCUGAAAAGAAUUGCAUCUUGGGUAAAUCAGUAUGAGGCCUUGUUUCAUCCAGUGUCACUAGUAAAAUCAAAGAUCAAGCAAGUUGCAAAGAUUGCAGGGCAGUUUAGUAAACAUAUAGAAUAUACAUACACUUUAGAUAAGAGAACACUUUGGAAUGACAAGGAAAUCAUUGAUUCUAAUUUUCAAGAAAAUGAUUUAAUUACAAAAGAAACGACAGCUAUAAUCAAUCAGUUAUGUAAUAAAUGGAAUAUUAGAAAGACAAUGCAGGAAGUCCUGAACAGAGUAUUUUCACCAUUUGCUGAUGCUAGUGAAUUCAUUGUUGAAAUGUUAAAUAUAAAAAUACAGACUCUUUUCAGAUAUAAGGAUUCAGGUUCAGGAAAUCAAGAUGGUGAAAUGAUUAAUUUAUUAUUGAGAAUAGUAACCGAAUGUGAAACUGUGAUUACUCAAGUGUUUACAGCACUUCAGACUCGUCAGGAACAAUUAAAAAAUAAAACAUUACGCUCCCGUCAGAGAAAUAAUCUUCAAUCGCUUAUUAGAUGUUCUUUUAUAAUUCACCAGACUUUACAUUUGAUUUUAUGGUUGAUCACAUGUGACAUAGUUACAAUAGAAACAAAGAAAUUUGAAGAAAAAUCCCAUAUAAAGUGUUUAAAGAUGGUAUUGCAGUUCACAGAAAAUUUUAGGACAUACACAAACCCUGAAAACAACAAGUGGAUGGAAUGUGUGAACUUGUCUAUAAAAACUGUGGAUAGAUUAAAUCAAUUUAUAAAAUGAAAUAUAAGAAAAUUCUUUUUAUAUUGAAAUAGAGGUGAAAAAUGGGUCUGCUUGCAUUUGUAUUUUUUAUGCAAAACUACAGAGGUACUCCCUAAAGCAAAGUUGAACUACUUAGACCUUUCGGCUGCCAAGGCCCCCAUGUUGUUUAGUUUGGUGACAUACAAUCCAGAAUUAAUUGGGUUUAAUUUUAGUACUGCAUCAUAUUUUAAAAAGAGUAACACUAUGAAAUAAAAUAAAAAAUACAGUGAAUCAUUGUACAGACUGGCACACAUGUGUUUAUUUUAUUUAAUGGAUCAUUUGUACAAAAGUUGAUGUCCAGAGUCAGUUUUAUGCUUUUCUUCGACAUUUACACUUGACAAGAUACAUUAUUUUGGACAGAUGUGACAAGAUGGUGUGUGUUAGAGAAUAAACAUUUUGUUCUUGUU